UCUGCGAUGCUUCUCUGCUUCCUCGAGAGAUAGAAAGAGAGGGAGCCAGAGAGAGAGAGAUAGAUAUACUCAAAGCUCUAAUAUCCGUGGAUGCUUCGAUCUACGUCCUCCUCAGUUUCAAAGAAAUCUCUUACAAACAGUCCCAUUUUUUCGAGGGGUUGCUUGUUCGGAGGGAAUUUAGGAUUCGGCACAUUGCCUAGGGCUUUAAAUGUUGGCUUCUUGAGGUGGGAUUUCAUGGAUUAAACACAAAGAAUAAUGGGUAGCUUGAGUGAAGAUGAAGAAUAUAGAUUUUUCGAUGCUCAAGAGGAGAUGGCAUCGAUCUCAGAUGCAACCUCCGAUAGCAUUGAGAUAUCUCAGUCUAGUUCUUCUAGUUUUAACUUCGGAGCUUUGGAUACUUGUCCUUAUGACAUAUGGAAUCGGAGCCCUGGAAGUGUAACAGAGCGUCGUAGUAAGUUUUUGGACUGGAUGGGAUUGGGUUUAGAUGGCAUUGCACGAGAGAAUUCAGCAGAUGUACGUAGUGAUGUACCAGACCAAGUGAUUGAUAGAAUCAGAGAGAGUAGUGGUGCUGUGUUGAGGACCUCAGGUUCUGAAGAUGUGUUUUGUUCGAGUCACUCUUCGAUGACUUAUCGGUCAAAGGAGAAUUUUGUUUGCAAAGAUGUGAACUUUGGCGAAGUCAGCCUGGGCCAAUCUGUUAGGGUUGAAGAGUGCGAGAACACUUCUGGGUCGUCCCUUUCAUUUCAACAACUGAUAGAGAGGGAAGCUGAGGAGACAAAAGUGGGUUCAAUGAAGAGAACUAAGAAUGGGUGGUGGAGUCGAUUACGUUCCAUGGCAUGUGUUGUUAAGAGUCAAGGGAAAGCUGAUCAACUAAGACGUGAGAAUGAGGCAAUACUACGGUCGAGAGUUCAAAGAGUUAAUGUUCACCAAUGCAGGAAGCGAUUGAAAGAACUUUCAGCUCUUUAUAUGGGACAAGAUAUCCAAGCCCAUGAGGGUCCAAUUUUGACAAUGAAAUUUAGUCCUGAUGGGCAGUACCUUGCAAGUGCUGGUGAAGAUAGGAUUGUGCGUUUGUGGCAGGUGGUGGAAGAUGAGAGAUCCAAUGAACUUGACAUCCCAGAAAUAGAUCCAUCCUGCAUAUAUUUCACAGUAGAUCAUCUCUCUGAACUGAAAGCCCUCUCUGUGGAUAGAGAGAGAAUGGGUAAAUUGAAGAGCCUGAGGAAAACCUCAGACUCAGCAUGUGUGAUUUUCCCCCCUAAAGUCUUCCGGAUAUUGGAGAAACCAUUGCAUGAGUUCCAUGGGCACAGUGGCGAGAUCUCAGAUCUCUCAUGGUCAAAUAAUAAUCAUCUGCUCUCGUCAUCGAUCGACAAAACUGUUCGUCUAUGGCAAGUGGGAUGUGAUCAUUGCCUCAAAGUUUUUUCACACAGUAAUUAUGGUGCGCUUUUAGUGACCAGCGUUCACUUCAACCCUGUUGAUGACAACUAUUUCAUGACUGGUUCAAUAGAUGGGAAAGUUCGCAUUUGGGCUAUUCCCGAUUGUCAAGUUGUUGGUUGGUCUGAUAUAAGAGAGAUUGUCACUGCAGUGUGUUAUCGCCCUGACGGAAAGGGGGGCAUCGUUGGCUCUCUGAGUGGCAUUUGCCGCUUUUACAACAUAUCAGAUAAUCACUUGGAGUUGGAUGCUCAAGUUGGCUUGCACAAUAAAAAAAGAUCACCCUGCAAAAGGAUAAUUGGCUUCCAGUUCUUUCCUCAAGACUCUAGCAAAAUCAUGGUUACGUGUGCUGAUUCACAAGUCCGAAUUCUUCAUGGCUGUACUGUGAUUGGCAAAUACAAGGGCCAUCAUAAUGCUGGAAACCAUAUAUCUGCGGCUUUCACUUCAGACGGAAAACACAUUGUAUCAGCUUGCGAGGAUUCUAAUGUAUACUUAUGGAACUGCAGUAGUCAGGAAGAUUCUGGACGACUCCAAGCCAAAAAUAUAAGGUCUUGUGAACGGUUCUCCACCAAUGUAUCUGUUGCAAUACCUUGGUGUGGUCUGAAAUGUGAGAACUCGGUAAAUAGAAGGCAAUCUCCUGUCUUGAAUGAAAAUCAGGCAGAAACCCUCCCUUUUUCUUCUCCUGCUUGUUUCUCUCUGAGCCAAGAAUUCCUCUUAGAGUCUUUUCCAAAGGGAUCUGCAACUUGGCCAGAGGAGAAGCUUCCUACUUCAAGUCCAAUGGCUAAACCAUCUAUAUUGCAUAAAUCUCAAUACAAGUUUCUGAAAACUUCUUGCCAGAACACAUCCAGUUCUCAUGCGUGGGGUCUGGUCAUUGUGACUGCUGGCUGGGAUGGACGGAUAAAGUCAUUCCACAAUUAUGGGUUACCGGUACCACUUUGAAAUUCUAGCGCUUGGCAGGGGGUUUUCAGAGAAUCAGCAUUUUGAUUUCUUUGGUUGGGCACUAAAAAUGUUUAGUUCAAAUGUAAAGUCACUUAACCUUUAGUGAUAGCUUUGGCUGACUACCACACACUGCAAAUCUGAUGUUGGGAAAGGAGACUAAGUGAUUAUAUUGGCAAUGUCAACCACCGCAACAGGUUCUUGUUUCAACAUUUAGUAGCCAUGUGCUAUGUGGAUGAUCUUGACAAUUUUGGGUUUUUCCAGCUGGCCCUUUCUCAGAUACCAGGUGUAUCGUGGGCGAUCUAGUCCACGACAAGUGGCAUCAGUUCCAUGGGUGUAAUAUAAAAUCCAAAUGGAAUGAGCAAGUGGCUGAGGCGAGCUUAUCCGGAGGCUUCGCUCAAUUUUGCAACCUGAUUUGCUACUCCGAGAAGUUUUGUCUGCUUGGCCCAGAAAAGAGGUGUAAAGUCAUGUGUUUGAAGGUGCCAAUUUGAGAUGUUAUCAAUGUAUAAUGCAGGUGCCUGUGGGGCCUUGUAUAACCAUUUUCUUUUGUUCUUUAGAAUACGAGAGGGAUUCCAAAGCUGGUGGUUGGAGUUCAUUUGGGAAAAAAUGGUGGGGAACUUGGCCAUGAUAAUGUCUUGGCUGCUCUGAAUGAUUGAAUUACUUGUCUGCCAUUUCUAAUCCAUCUCAUGGUAGGGCCAAGUCAUGACUCGGGUCGACGUGGGAGCGCGCGGCGGGCCAUUAUCUACCAAAUGGAUUCAUUUGCUCAGACUAGUGGUUGAAUGCAAUAUGUUGAUGCUUGGUUGCCGAAAACAUCUCUACUCUGAACUCCUUCACUUCUUAGAUAGCGAUUGUUUUGCUAACAAAGUUACUCCCAAUUUUUGUCUAACAUCACUGUUUAUGAGUUACCAUUGGUAGUUAUAAGCUCCAUAUGAUUGUCGUUCAAGUUUCAGCAUAUAUGUAAUUGUAAUUUCCUUAUGUAAAUACAGAUUUUUCUGUAGUUCUUUACACGUUUAUAAUUGUAGCAAAAUGAUUAGGAAGUAAUAAAAGUGAAAAGAACCAAGAAUAUGGUUUUUAACUUUUCCAUUGCU